GGUGUGGGCUCGGCUCGGCCGGCUCGCCCUGCGCCCGCGCUCGCUCGCGUCCCCGCGCCCCUCGGCCGGCGGCUCCUGCUUCGGCCAAUCAUGAGCCGCGCAGCCCCCGGGGCCGACUACAUCUGCGGAUACAACCUGGCACCUCCGGAGCAGGAGUUGGAGGAGAAAUGCCCUCUUCCUCUUCGUCUUGGCAGUGGGGCUUCUGCGUAGGGUGAGGAGACACCCAAGAGGCGGUUCAGGUUCUUACGGUUCCUUAUCUAAAAUCAGCACCUGAGGUGAAUCGAGGUUAUGCCACCUGAAAAGCAAUGACCUUUGUUAACUGGGGAGGACCGACUGACCCCUCCUUGGACCUAGUCUCCCUCCCUCUGACUAUCGUAAAAGCAGAAAGGCCGUAGAGAGCAAAGACGAUUCUACUUAUCUUUCUCACUCUUCAGUAAUAAUGAGCAGUGGUGGGAGAGCAAUGGCCAAAGCUCUUACUAGAUGCAUCUAGAACUUGCCCUGCAAAUUUAGAUUCUGCCCUCAACUCCUUCACCCAAGAACGCCUCAGAGGUGACACGCGACAAGGCUAGAGAGCAGAAAGCCACCAACUGGAACAUUCAGAAAUCUGGGUAGGUAACGUGGUCACACUGCUACACUACAGCAAACUACAGCAGGAACCCGGGUUCACAGCUCCUGCAAUUUGCAAAUCAGAGCCGGAAUCUGACGAGCCCGCCCUCACGCCCGUAAGAAAAUGAUUCUCACUUUUCAUUGGUUGACCCUCCAAGAGCCGAGGCCUUGCUUCAUUUUUAUUGGUUGUUGCUUCUGUCACGUCCUUUCACCACAGGCACUUUCCCAGUCGGCGCCCAGUGAGCUUCGGAGGAGAGUGAUUCACGCGGGUGGGGGGCGGGAGUCCGCGCGCGGCUAGGCGAGUUCCCUGGUUCCUCGCCCCGGCCGGGCCCCGCCCCCUUGACGGCCCCGCCCCUGCCCCUAGGCCCCGCCCCUGCCCAGAGAGGGCGGGGACCAGGCGGCGGCCGCAGCCGCAGGAAUAUGCUGGAAGCCAGCGGGCGGGCACCCGGGAGGUGCUGAAGGGACAGUUCCCGCUGCUGAGCCGGCCCCGCGGUGGGAGGGCGGGUGGGGCAGCCCUGGAGCCCGCAGGGCACGUGAGCGAUGGAGACCAUCUGGAUCUACCAGUUCAGACUCAUCGUGAUAGGGGACUCCACCGUGGGCAAGUCGUGCCUCCUGCACCGCUUCACUCAGGGCCGCUUCCCCGGGCUGCGCUCCCCCGCCUGCGACCCCACUGUCGGCGUGGACUUCUUCUCCCGCCUGUUGGAAAUCGAGCCGGGCAAGAGGAUCAAGCUGCAGCUCUGGGACACGGCGGGACAGGAGCGGUUCAGAUCAAUAACUCGAUCUUAUUACCGCAACUCGGUUGGUGGAUUUUUAGUAUUUGACAUUACUAACCGACGAUCUUUUGAACAUGUGAAAGAUUGGCUAGAAGAAGCAAAAAUGCACGUACAGCCAUUUCGAAUUGUCUUUCUGCUAGUGGGACAUAAAUGUGAUUUAGCUUCACAACGUCAAGUUACAAGGGAAGAAGCCGAAAGACUGUCAGCAGACUGUGGUAUGAAGUAUAUAGAAACCUCAGCAAAAGAUGCUACAAAUGUUGAGGAAUCCUUCACUAUCUUGACAAGAGACAUAUAUGAGCUUAUUAAACGGGGAGAAAUUUGUAUUCAGGAUGGCUGGGAAGGGGUUAAAAGUGGUUUCGUUCCAAAUACUGUGCAUUCUUCUGAGGAAGCAGUAAAGCCCAGGAAAGAGUGCUUCUGCUGACUUCAAACAUGCCAAAGAACUAAGAACAGAUUGGGUGUCAUUCAGGAUAAAUACCAACAUUAACAGCAGAAUGAUGCGAUGAAAGCAUUUUAAAAAGUUAUAAAUUCAUGCUAACACUCUUUUUUGUAAGGUAUUUGAUUCAGAGCAUUAUGCUUACUUGUUAAACUACCAGAUUGGUAUUUUGCUAAAUUAUCAGGCAAAGCAGACAACUUUUUCUUAAAACUGGAGCAUUUACACAAUUACCUCCAUUCUUACUUUGUUAGCAUAUAACUGACCUUAAUGUCCAACUAUGUCAAUGUUACUCAUUUUUCUUGACAGUUUGAUUAUGUAGUCUGAUUGAAAAGAUUUUAUCAGGAAUUACAUUCUUUUGAGUUAAUUAAUAUUUCAUAGUAAAGUGGAUUUAAAAGUACACUGUUCGCUUACAAAGUAAACAAUCUCAGAAGUGUUAACUGGGCCUAAUAUAACAAUUCCUUGUUUAAGGUGCCAGGUUUUUAAUCAUUCUCUGAAAUAUUUAUCUUCCCUUAAUUUUGCCUGAACGUAAGAAGAUAAGUUUUAUACUCAUUUUUGUUCUCUGAUUUAUUGCUCCUUAAAACUUCGUUUUAUAAAGAUAUCUAAGGAUCUAAGCAAAAUGUUUUUAUUGCAAAUAUUUAUAAAACUAGAAAUGAAAGACCACUAUCAGCAGAUAUCUUGUUGUUAUAGAAUACUGUCCUAAUUUAGACAACAAAAACAAAUGUAUAUACUGACAUUCUCAAAGAAAGUAAAUUCAAUUUACUUUAAAUUAUUGUCAAAAUUAUCAAUAUAGGUGUUCCCUUUGUGGCUUAGCGGUAACAAACCCAGCUAGGAUCCAGGAGGAUGUGGGCUUAAUCCCUGGCCUUGCUCAGUGGGUUAAGGAUCUGACGUUGUUGUGAGCUGUGGUGUUGGUUGAAGAUACAGCUAGGAUCCUGCGCUGCUAUGGCUGUGGCAUAGGCUGGCAGCUCUAGCUCCAAUUUGACCCCUAGACUGGGAACUUCCGUAUGCCAACUUGCAGCCCUAAAAAUCAAAAAAAAAAAAAAAAAA